GUGGGGCGUAUUGGGCUAAUUACCCGUAUCCCAAAACGUGCGGAAUAUCUUCGAUCAGAAUUUUACCGGAAAAUUCUAAAUCUGAUCCCAAAACUGCUCCCUUCUCUCUCGCCGCAGGCAGUAGCGACGACUCCAGUGGCAGAAGGGCCUUCUUUACAUGUUAGCUGUUUGCGUCCUUCGUGCUUGAGUUUUAGGGUGUUUUAAAAGCAAGAUCUUAUGAGGUGCCUUAAUGGGCUGAACGAAGGCAAACCUUCAGGUGGUGCCUUAGCUUGUAUUGUGAAUUCAGAAAUUAGUGCAGUUUUGGCUGUUAUGAGGAGAAAUGUAAGGUGGGGAGUUCAGUAUGCCACUGAUGAUGAGCAGAUGGAGCAUUCUCUCAUAAAAUCCUUCAAGGAACUGCGGAAAAAGAUUUUCUUGUGGCAACAUCAAUGGCAUAGUGUUGAUCCUGUUGUGUAUCUCCGGCCCUUCCUGGACGUGAUUAAAUCUGAUGAAACUGGUGCACCGAUCACGGGAGUUGCUCUAUCAUCUGUUUACAAAAUCUUGAAUCUAGAGAUACUUGAUUUAGAAACUGUGAAUGUUGAUAACACUUUGCAUCUAAUAGUUGAUGCUGUGACAAACUGCCGUUUUGAGGUGACGGACCCUGCUUCUGAAGAAGUUGUACUGAUGAAAAUUCUUCAAGUUCUUUUGGCUUGCAUGAAAAAUAGAGCGUCCAUUAAUCUGAAUAACCAUCAUGUCUGCAGCAUAAUAAAUACUUGUUUUCGAAUUGUUCAUCAAGCAAGCUCUAAAAGUGAACUCCUGCAAAGGAUAUCACGCCACACAAUGCAUGAACUGAUCAGGUGUAUUUUUUCACAUCUUCCCGACAUUGACAAUAAAUGGCAAAUGUUGGCUCAAGGAAGCAGGUCUUCUCCUAACACGGAGGUUGGUGUGCUAGCAGAAAAUCAAAAUUUUGAGGAUAAACAAUAUGAUAAUGGUCACAUCAGUUCAGAAUCUGACAAUAAUAAACUUGAAGGCGUCACAGAUGUUCUGGCAGACAUGUUUGAAGUUAAGAUGGGUGAUAAAAUAAAUGAGAUUGAACAAGGGAAAGCUACCGCUUCUUCUAUGAUGGAUCCGUAUGGGGUCCCAUGCAUGGUGGAAAUAUUAAAUUUCCUGUGCUCUCUUCUUAAUGUGAUGGAGAACAUAGAAACUGGUCCCAGAUCCAAUCCUAUAGCAUAUGAUGAAGAUGUUCCUCUAUUUGCAUUGGGUUUAAUCAAUUCAGCAAUAGAAUUAGGUGGGGCUUCUUUUAAAAAUCACCCUAAAUUAUUGACUCUGAUACAGGAUGAAUUGUUUUACAACCUGAUGCAGUUCGGUUUGUCAAUGAGUCCACUUAUUCUUUCAACGGUGUGUAGCAUUGUCCUCAAUCUGUAUCAUUAUCUUCGUACUAAGUUAAAACUUCAGCUUGAAGCUUUUAUCUCCUGUGUAUUAUUGAGGAUCUUGCAAAGCAAGUAUGGAGCGACUUACCAACAGCAGGAGGUUGCUAUGGAAGCUCUUGUUGACUUCUGCAGGCAGCCUACAUUUGUGGCCGAGAUGUUUGCCAAUUAUGAUAGUGACAUAUCCUGCAGCAAUGUAUUUGAAGGUCUUGCCAACUUGUUAACAAAAAGUGCCUUUCCAGUGAACAGCCCGUUGUCUGCUAUGAAUACUCUUUCUUUGGAUGCUCUGGUUGCUUUGGUACAGGGCAUGGCUGACAGAAUAGGUCAUGAUUCUACACCUUUCGAAGAGAGUGAACCCGGUCUUCAGGAAUAUUAUCCAUUUUGGACUUUGCAAUAUGAAAAUUAUGGUGAAACUCAUCGGUGGGUUCCAUUUAUCCAUAGGAUGAAGCACAUAAAGAGGAAGUUGGUGAUUGGAGUUGAUCACUUCAAUCGAGAGCCCAAUGAGGGUCUAGAAUUUCUUCAAGGAUUACAUUUGUUGCCUGAUCAACUUGAUCCUGAAAGUGUAGCACACUUCUUUAGAUAUACAGCUGGAUUAGAUAAAGAUGUUGUAGGCGAUUUUCUAGGUAGUCACGAUGAAUUUUGUAUUAAAGUGCUUCAUGAAUUUGCUAGGACAUUCAAUUUUCAGGGCUUGAAUUUGGACACUGCUUUGCGCAUUUUCUUGGAAACUUUCAAAUUGCCUGGGGAGUCUCAGAAGAUUAUGAGAGUUCUCGAGGCAUUUGCAGAGAGCUACUAUUUUCAAUCUCCAAACAUUUUUGCCAACGUAGAUGCUGCUCUUGUUAUGUCGUAUGCUUUGAUAAUGCUUAACACAGAUCUGCAUAAUGCACAGGUAAAAAAGAAGAUGAGAGAAGAAGAUUUUAUUCACAUCAAUCGGAGUAUAAAUGGAGGAAAUGAUCUACCUCGAGAGUUUUUGUCUGAGCUUUAUCACUCUAUCCGUGACAAUGAGAUUCGUAUUGUUCCAGAACGAGCUGCUGGUGUUGCUGUCGUGACACGAGGCCAUUGGAUUGGUCUAGUGCACAGAGCAAGGGAAAUGGCACCCUUUUUCGUAAGUGACUGUGAAUGUUACUUUGACUAUUAUAUGUUUGCUAUUCUGUCUGGUCCUUCAAUUGCGGCUAUUUCUGUGGUAUUUGAUAACGCGGAGCAGGAAGAUGUUUUGCAGUUAUGCAUUGAUGGAUUUUUGGCCAUUGCCAAACUUUCAGCCUCGUAUAAUUUUGGUGAAAUGUUGAAUGACUUGGUUGUCUCUCUUUGCAAAUUUACAACCCUCAUGCAUCUAUCUUUUGUUGAAGAAUCUAUUCUUGAUUUUGGAGAUAAUACCAAAGCUAAGAUGGCGACCGAGACAGUUUUUACCAUUGCAAACUGUUAUGGCGAUCACAUUCACUCUGGUUGGAGAAACAUAGUGGAGUGCAUCUUGAGUUUGCAGAAGAUAGGCCUUCUUCCUGCUCAUCUUGCUAGCGAUGCUGCUGAUAACUUGGACUCUUCUCCUGUUCUUGAUCAAGCAACACCAGCAGAAGCUUCCUCCCCAGCAUCUCAGGUGCCAGCAACAGUUCCUGCUAGGAAAUCAUCUGGCCUUAUGGGCCGGUUUAGCCUACUGUUAUCUCUCGAUAAGGAAGAACCUGCACCCCAACCCACAGAAGAACAGCUUGCUGCUCAUCGACGUACUCUCAAGACGAUACAAAAUUGCAACAUUGAUAGCAUCUUUGCUGAAAGUAUGUUUCUGCAAGCAGAAUCUCUAUCACAGCUUGUUCAUGCUCUUGUGUUGGCUGGAGGGCGUUCUAGCAAGGGAAAUAAUUAUCUGGAAGAUGAGGACACUUCAGUUUUUUGUCUAGAACUACUGAUUGCAAUUACUCUUAACAAUCGAGACAGAGUCAUGCUUUUGUGGCAGACUAUUUACGAACACAUAGCCAAUGUUGUUCAAUCAACUGUAAUGCCCUGUGCCCUUGUUGAGAAGGCUGUCUUUGGGCUCCUUCGAAUAUGUCAGCGAUUGCUUCCUUACAAGGAAAAUCUGACUGAUGAGCUUCUCAAAUCUCUGCAGCUGGUAUUGAAACUGGAUGCUCGGGUUGCAGAUGCUUAUUGUGAACAAAUCACGCAGGAAGUGAUGCAUCUUGUGAAAGCAAAUGCAAUGCAGAUAAGAUCUCAUAUGGGUUGGCGCACAAUUAUAUCCUUACUUUCAAUCACAGCUCGACAUCCAGAAGCAUCAGAAGUUGGUUUUGAGACAUUAUGUUUUAUCAUGUCUGAUGGGUCAUAUCUCUUGCCUACAAAUUAUGUUCUUUGCUUGAACGCGGCCAGGCAGUUUGCUGAGUCUCGAGUUGGUCAUGUUGAUCGAUCACUGCAAUCGUUAGAUCUGAUGGCUGGUUCAAUUGCUUGUUUGGUGAGAUGGUUUCAAAAAACCGAGGAAGCUGUGGAUGAGGAGGAGGCAGCUAUGAAGAUGUCCCGGGAUAUACUUGAAAUGUGGAUGAGGCUUAUACAGGGCAUCAAGAAGGUGUGUUUAGAUUCGAGAGAAGAGGUCAGGAAUCAUGCCAUCGUGUCUUUACAAAGAUGCUUGACGGGAUCAGAUGGGAUUUGUAUACCGAAGGAUUUGUGGGUGCAAUGUUUUGAUCAGGUGAUCCUCACCUUACUUGAUGAAUUCCUGGAAACAGCUAAGCAAAAUUCUCCGAAGGAAUAUCGCAGCGUGGAAGGAUCGAUGAUCAUGUCCCUCAAGCUAUUGUCAAAAGCAUUUCUACAGUCAUUGCAAGAAAUCUCGCAAUCGACGUCCUUCUGCCAACUUUGGUUGAGGGUUCUUAGUUGUAUGGACAAUUACAUGAAGAUGAGAUUCAGAGGGAAACAGAGUGAGAAGAUCAAUGAAUUAGUUCCCGAGCUUAUCAAGAACACGCUGCUUAUCAUGAAAAGCGGUGGGAUUCUUGUGCCGAGUGAUCCUGUUGGAGGGGACAGUUUCUGGCAAUUAACAUGGUUGCAUGUGAAAAAUAUAGCUCCGUCUUUGGAAUCAGAAGUUUUUCCUAGUGAAGAAUUGGAGAAGUUGAGAGAAAAACAUGUCAAAACUGGGUGUAGCCCUCUCCCGGAUAAAAAUGUUCAUGUUCCCCCAAAUGAAACCACAGCGUGAUGGCAUUUUAUUUAUCCGGUGGAGAACAGGUAAAACAAUUGAAACCUGUUGAUCUGCAGCCUGAAGUGGGCAAGCUAUAUAUCUGCAAUUCAUUCUACUUUCCAAAUUCGAUUGUAAGAUUUUAUUUUGGACCAUGGAAAUUUUAUUGGAGGUUUUUCGGUUGCUCUUCUGGCUCUGGUUUUUGGAGUAAGCGGAGCCAUUGUGGAGGCAUCCUUCUUUUCUUUUUUUUUUGUACAAUUACACAGUAUGAUACCGAAUUAUAGUAGAAUUUAUUUGUUGGAUGCCUAUACUGGCAUAGAAUGUUGCUUCAGUUUUUAUGGAGAUGAAGUAAUUUCAGAGGACGACGCUUUAAACCAUCCACAAAGCAGGCCUUGUACAAAGAAAUGUAAUCAUUGCACUCGAGCAAUAUUCAUUUUAAGAGAAGUGUAUGACAUGAUAUAUUCAUUUUUAA